CCCCAGCUCAGCCAGACCCCCGGGCCCAACUGCCCCAUCUUCCUGCCCAGUGACUCCGAGUGGGACUGGCUGCUGGCCAAGACGUGGGUGCGCUAUGCCGAGUUCUACUGCCACGAGGGCAUCUCCCACUUGCUGGAGACCCACCUCAUCGCUGAGGCCUUCUGCCUGGCCUUGCUGAGGCAGCUACCCAUGUGCCAUCCCCUCUACAAGCUCCUCAUCCCCCACACCCGGUACACCAUCCAGAUCAACAGCAUCGGGCGGGCUGUCCUCCUUAAUGAAGGGGGGCUCUCCGCCAGGAGUAUGUCCCUGGGCCUGUCGGGCUUUGCCGAGGCGAUGGUGCGGGCUCUGUCGGAGAUCAAGUACGAAAACCUCUACCUCCCCGAUGACUUCGUGAGACGUGGGGUUCAGGACCUGCCAGGGUAUUAUUACCGGGAGGACAGCCUGGCAGUGUGGGAUGCACUGGAGAGGUAUGUGACAGAGAUCAUCACCUACUAUUACCCGUGUGACGCCGCCGUGGAAGGUGACCUGGAAUUGCAGUCCUGGGUGCAGGAGAUAUUCAAGGAGUGUCUACUAGGGCGUGAGAGUUCAGGCUUCCCCACAUGCUUGCGAACUGUGCCUGAACUGAUCCGAUAUGUCACCAUUGUCAUCUACACCUGCUCUGCCAAGCAUGCAGCUGUCAACACAGGGCAGUUGGAAUUCACCGCCUGGAUGCCCAACUUCCCCUCAUCCAUGCGGAACCCACCAAUACAGGCCAAGGGGCUGACCACGCUGGAGACCUUUCUUGACACAUUGCCGGAUAUUAAGACCACAUGCAUCAUCCUACUGGUGCUUUGGACACUCAGUCGGGA